ACUCCUGACCCCCUGUCGGACGAUAUCGUACGCCUCCGCACCAAACCGAGUUCUCGAGCUCCGCAUCGCGUCCCUCACCCCUGCCAUCGGCCAGAUCUUACCACUCGCUCUAGCUCCCUCGGGCGCAUCUAAAGUCAGCGGGGAGUCUCUGAACCUCCGUCUACUGAGCAUUCCCCUCCCACACAUGCUCCCCGCCUGACGAUACGGCAUCCUCCGAAUACGAAGAACAACUACAUCAUAGAAACCCAAAAAAAAAGCCAUGGCGUGGUACUCCAUCCUUCCCCCAGACCUAAUCUACGUCGAGAGCUGGGCCGCUAGGAUCUUCGUCUUCCUCGGCAUCAUCACCAUAUUCCCCUGGGCGGCGCUCAUCGUCUUCGACGUGCUGCUAUAUAUCUGGCGAAUGGGCGCGUACGAGUUCCCCGUCGUCGGGGCCGGGCGAGAGGGAUGCAGCGGCCCCGGGCGCCGACUCUGAAUGUGAAUGUUGGUGAGAGGAGUGAGGUGCCGAGGACGGUGUUUGGGCUUGGGCCGGCUGUUAAUACUGCGGGCAGUGGGGAGGUGGGUGAGCAGGUGGAGGUGAAGAGGAGGGAGAGGGUGGUGACGGAUACGGAUGGGUGAUGUGAUGACCAGGCUUGUUGUUUGAAUGCAGGUGCGGUUGCUCGAUGCGGGUCUGUUGUUUCUGAUGUGGAUGUCGAUUUGUGCAUCUCUAUUGAUACCCAUAUGUUUAUUGUUUCUCGUGUCUGUUGUCUACUGAGGCGGCUGUUUGCAUUUGUACUGUUAUGUAUACCUCUGCCUGAUCAUACGUGGUGCUCCAUGAGCACCACUAAUGCACUAUUAGCCUACCG